CGUUGGGAGGUUGGAGCCAGCGCCGAAAUGUGGUGGUUUCAGCAAGGCCUCUCUUUCCUGCCCGUGGCUCUGGUUGUUUGGUCGGCUGCGUCUUUCGUGUUUUCGUACAUCACCGCAAUCGUCCUGCACCACGUUGACCCGUUGGUGCCCUACAUCAGCGAUACAGGGACAAUACCUCCUGAAAGAUGCUUAUUUGGGAUCAUGUUAAAUAUUUCGGCUUUCUUGGGUAUGGCCACCAUGUACAUCCGUUACAAACAAGUUUACGCUUUGAGCCCAGAAAAACCCAAGAUCAUCAAGCUCAAUAAGAUUGGCCUUACCCUGGGACUGAUGAGCUGUUUCGGACUUUGCAUUAUUGCAAAUUUCCAGAAAUGUAUUCUGUACUACGUACACGUGGUGGGAGCCUGCCUGACGUUCGGCGUCGGGGCCAUUUAUAUGCUGGUUCAGACCGUCCUGUCCUACCUGAUGCAGCCAGAAAUUCACAGCAAAGACAUCUUCUGGAUCCGUCUGACCGCGUUGCUCUGGUGCUGUUCGAGCAUCGUGAGCAUGUUUGUUUCCUCAGUGGUGUUAUACAGUGGCCUGUAUGGAACUAAUCUAGUGCAAAAGUUGCACUGGGACCCACAGGAAAAAGGGUACACAGCUCACAUCAUCAGCACCGUCUCAGAGUGGUCAUUGGCAUUCUCCUUCCUCAGCUUUUUCCUCACCUACAUCCGUGACUUUCAGAAAAUUUCCCUGCGCGCUGUUGUCAGCUGCCCCAGCCAAACCCUGUAUAACGCGCCGCAGAGCUUUGUGACCGACGAGCAGGCACUGCUGAUCGCAGGGAGCAUCUAAUGAAGGUGAAGACAACGCAUUCUCAGCGUAACUCAGGAACUUAGUAGCGAUAACAGUUGAUAUUUCGAAGCAUUUAUUUUAUAUAUUAAAAAAAAAUGAAGCGAUUGUAUUGCACUUGACGUAAAGGGCUUUGCCAUUAACCCACACAGCAAUGCAAAUGGUAUCAGUAUUGUGAACAAGCCUGUAACAUUUCCACACAUGCCAGUGUCACGAAAGAAUUAAAUGAAGGUCAUUAA